AUGGAAUAUCUGGCAGAAUUACUUAAGGAGAAGAAACAGCUCGCGCCUUUCCCACAGGUGUUUCGCCACAUGGAGCGUCUGGUUGAUGAGGAAAUAAAUCGUGUGCGUAUGGCCUUAUUCCAGUGCCAUUUUGCGAUUGAGCACCUGGACCUUCCAGAGCCAGAGGGGGAGCCGGUAACCAUUCAAGAAAAGGUGUAUGUUCCACGUAAAGAGCAUCCAGAUUAUAAUUUUGUUGGCCGCAUUCUCGGGCCGCGUGGAAUGACCGCUAAGCAACUGGAGCAAGAAACCGGAUGCAAAAUCAUGGUUCGUGGGCGUGGUUCCAUGCGUGAUCGCCGCAAG